CAGGAAGGGUGGAAGGAGACGGAACUUGCUUCGGUGUUGAUGGGCAACUGAUGUAUCAUCUUCCUUAUCAAAGAGGUUAGGAAAGGAAGAAACAAACACAAUGUUUAAGUGGACCAAUGACACUCCAUUAUUGAGUCACAUGGCAAAAGUGUGUGGCUUCUCAGUUGUGUUUAUAUAGCAGGGAACAGAGAGCAGUGGGACAACAGUCACCCACACACAUCUUCAUCAUGCUGGGCACACUGGUGCUGCUCUGGCUCUCUGUCUGCCUCCUUUUUUAUCUCCUGCGGACACGCAGAGCCAAGAACUUCCCGCCAGGACCGCAACCCAUCCCUAUAUUUGGAAACUUGCUGCAGCUGAAUUUGGAAAACCCCAUUGUUGACCUAAACAGACUGUCGGAACGCUAUGGGAAGGUGUUUAGCCUGUACUUCGGAGGAAGACCAGCGGUAAUCUUGACUGGGACUCAGGCCACGAGAGCAGCGCUGGUCAGCAAGGCUGUGGACUUUGCUGGACGCCCCCAUGGCCUCCUCCUCAACCACCUCACCCAGGGCAAAGGUGUCAUCAUGGCGGACUACGGACCCAGCUGGAGAGAACACCGGCGCUUCGCUCUGAUGACCCUCAGGAACUUCGGCCUGGGCAAGCAUUCCAUGGAGGAGAGGAUUCUGGGAGAGACUGAGUAUGUUAGUGCUCUGCUUGAGGAAAGCGUGGGGAAGUCCGUGGACCCUCAGACACUUUUCCACAACGCCGCCUGUGACAUCAUCUGCUCCAUCAUGUUCGGGGUGCGCUACGAGUACGAUCACCAGUUCUUCCAGGCCAUGAUCAGGAUGAUGGCAGAGAACUCCAAGAUAGCCAACGGCCCCUGGGGCAUGAUCUAUGACACCAUGCCACUACUGAGGAGUCUCCCCCUGCCUUUCAAGAGAGCUCUGAGAGACUACAACACCGUCAAGCUCCAUGUCCUGGAGAUCAUCCAGAAACACAGGGCCACCCGCGUCCCGCUGCAGCCCAGAGACGUCAUCGACUGCUACCUCGACCAGAUGGACAAGAGGAGAGAUGACGACAGUUCACUGUUUGAUGACGACCAGAUGAUCACUCUUCUGCUGGACCUGCUGUUUGCUGGGACGGACACCACCUCUAACACUAUUCGCAGCACCAUCCUUUACCUCAUGACACACCCAGAGGUGCAGGAGCGCUGUCAGCAGGAGAUAGACACAGUCCUGGAGGGUAGGACCCAGGUCAGCUUCGAGGACAGACACAAGAUGCCCUACAUGCAGGCUGUGAUCCAGGAGUCACAGCGCUACGCCAGUACUUUGCCCCUCAGUGUGUUCCACUGCACCACUAGGGACACAGAGCUGAUGGGGUACAGCAUUCCCAAGGGGACUCUGGUCAUCCCCAACCUGUCCUCUGUGCUCAAUGAGGCGGGUCAGUGGAAGUUUCCUAAUGAGUUCAACCCUGAGAACUUCCUCAACGACCAGGGAGAGAUACAGAAAAAUGAGUCCUUCAUGCCUUUCUCUGUCGGACCUCGUAUGUGUCUGGGUGAGGGUCUGGCUCGUAUGGAGCUCUUCCUCAUCUUGGUGACCCUGCUGAGACGAUUCCAGUUUGUCUGGCCAGAGGACGCAGGCGAGCCAGACUUCACCCCUGUGUUCGGAGUCACUCAGGCACCUAAACCCUACAACAUAAAUGUCCGGAUACGAAAUUGCCAGGAAGGCUGAAGACGCAGACAGCCUGUUGUCUAGAUUACGGCCCUGGAGGCUUGGGAGUGUUGUCUUUAUUGUGUACCGUGUUGAAACUCUCAUAAUGACAAAUACUUUGAUGUACAAGGAUUCGUAUAAACACUAACACGUCUUCUUCUGUG